AUGUCAUUUUUUGUCUUGACAUCUAUAAAGCCGAUCUGUCAUUCUUUCAAACAGUUCAACAUGGCACUCAAUUUGUCUGUAAAGAUUCAUCCUGUUGUUUUAUUUCAAAUUGUGGAUGCUUACGAGCGUCGAAAUGCUGACUCCCACCGCGUUAUUGGCACUUUACUAGGCACAUCUGACAAAGGCGUCGUAGAAGUCACAAAUUGUUUCUGUGUGCCACACAAGGAACAUGCGGACCAGGUGGAAGCUGAGCUCAAUUAUGCUAUGGAUGUUUAUGAACUCAACAAAAGGGUCAAUGCUUCAGAGAAUGUUGUUGGAUGGUGGGCGACUGGCAAUGAAGUAACAAACCACUCCUCCGUGAUCCAUGAGUACUAUUCCCGUGAAUGUCGGGAGCCGGUUCACGUGACGCUGGACACGUCACUGGCCGGCGCCCGCAUGGGGCUCCGCGCGUACGUGUGUGUGGCGCUCGGCGUGCCCCGCGGCAAGCAGGGCUGCAUGUUCACACCUAUCGAUGUAGGACUCACCUACUACGAGCCAGAGAUCGUGGGCCUGCAGCUGUGUCAGAAGACGAUGGGUGGCGGCGGUCGGUCGCGGCAGGUGACGCCGGCCGCGGACCUCGCGCAGGUCGCGGACGCGGCCAGCAAGCUCGCCGGCCUGCUCGACCAGGUGUUGUCUUACGUGGAGGAGGUGGUGGCGGAGCGCGCGGCCCCCAACAAGGCGGUGGGCAGGGAACUGCUGGCGCUGGCCGCCUCACUGCCAGACCUCUCCGCCGCCUCCUUCGCUGACGCCUUCGCCUCCAGCGUCAAGGACCUGCUCAUGGUCGUGACGCUGGCCCAGCUCAUCAAGACACAGCUGCAGCUCAACGAGAAGCUCACACUACUCACGUCUCAGUGA